UGGUUGGUGGAAGGUUUCUCCCAACAAUGCCAAUAUGAUCGUACACAUGAGGACCCGACCAGACGAGAAGCCGUACGGGUGUGACCAAUGCACGAAGAGCUUCAGUCAGAAUGGCAACCUGAAAAUCCACAUGAGUACGCACUCCAGGGAGAAGCCCUACAGGUGUGACCAUUGCAAAAAGCGCUUCGCUCUGCAUGGCAACCUGAAUGUCCACAUGAGGACUCACUCCGGCGAGAAGCCCUACAAGUGUGACCAAUGCACGAAGCGCUUCAGUCGGAAAAGCAGCCUGAAGACCCACAUGAGGACUCACUCCGGCGAGAAGCCCUACAGGUGUGACCAAUGCCCGAAGUGCUUCAGUCUGAAAGACCACCUGAAGACCCACAUGAGAACUCACUCCGGCGAGAAGCCCUACAAGUGUGACCAAUGCACGAAGCGCUUCAGUCAUGGCUGCAACCUGAAGAACCACCUGAGGACUCACACCGGCGAGAAGCCCUACAAGUGUGACCAAUGCACGAAGCGCUUCAGUCGGACAAGCAGCCUGAAGACCCACAUGAGGACUCACUCCGGCGAGAUGCCCUACAAGUGUGACCAAUGCACGAAGCGCUUCAGUCAGACAAGCAGCCUGAAGACCCACAUGAGGACUCACUCCGGCGAGAAGCCCUACAGGUGUGACCAAUGCCCGAAGUGCUUCAAUCUGAAAGGCUACCUGAAGCGCCACAUGAGGACUCACUCUGGGGUGAAGCCCUACAAGUGUGACCAAUGCACGAUGCGCUUCAGUCAGAAAUGCACCCUGAAGAUCCACAUGAGGACUCACUCCGAGGAGAAGUCCUACAAGUGUGACCAAUGCACGAAGUAUUUCAUUCUGAAAGGCAGCCUGAAGAUCCACCUGAGGACUCACUCUGGGGAGAAGCCCUACAAGUGUGACCAAUGCACGAUGCGCUUCAGUGUGAAAGGCAACCUGAAGAUCCACAUGAGGACUCACUCCGGUUAG